UGGAGCCGCGAGGGCGGCGGAAGAGGCGUCUGCGCGGCGGAGAUGGAGGAAGUGGCGGCAGCUGCGGGGCCCGCGGAGCGGUGCGGUGAGAAGAAUGGGUUCCAUGUCGGAGGAUCUCAGCCUGGUCCCCCUGCACCGGAGGCCAGAGCUGCUGGAGGCCUGUGCUGAGCUGCUGGGCGAGGAGUGGGGGAAGAGCCGGGCAUCGCGGCUCCACACGCUGCAGCGCUCCUCGGAUGCCUUCCCUGCCUGCCUGCUGCUGCUGCGGAGCCGGGGCCCUGCUGAGGCCCCCGGGACCCCAGAGGUUCCCUGUCAGCUCGUGGGCCACAUCCGGCUCUCCCGUGUGGUCGGCCGGCCCCACGACCUUUUUGUAGAGAGCGUGGUGGUGGCCCGGGCGCUGCGGGGCCAGGGCUAUGGGCGGCAGCUGAUGGAGGCUACCGAGCGCUGGGCGCGGGCCCGGGGCUUUGGCUGCUUGCACCUCACCACCCAUGACAAGCAGCACUUCUAUGCCCACCUGGGCUUUGUCCUGAGUGAGCCAGUGCAGAGCGUGGCAUUCCUCAGCCCCGCCAUACCUGCCGAGGUGCUGAGGCUCUUCUCUGCCCCUCCUGGCACUGCUACCACCAUUGCCACAAGGCCAAGGGUGCCUCCCACCCCCCCGCCGCCCCUCCCACCUCCCGCUGCCCCCCCGCCACCCCCUCCAUCAUCUGUCAUCUGGGCAAGGGGUGUGCUGGCCGAGGACAGUGGGCACAGCCUCCUGGAGACCCCCCACCGUGACGCCAAAGGGCUCCCCAUCUUCUGGAUGAAGAAGGACAUCUGAGGGGCCAGGGCCUCAAGCUGGUGAUUAAAAGCGAAUGCGGGCAGGAGCUGCCUGUUCUGGU